AUGCAUUUGGACGUAGCCGGUGGAUAUGAUGAUGAAUACGCAUAUACUCUGCCCUGUGAGAGCUAUCUUUAUAUUGAAGGUAAAUUGAAUAUACCGACGGAUGUUGCAGCAUAUGCAAGCGAGAUAAAUUUUACAAACAACGGUUUAGCGUUUUUGCUUUCCGAAAUCCGAUAUGAAAUUAACGGUGUGGAAAUACAAAAAUUAAAAUCUCCUGGAAUAUCUUCGAGUCUUAAAGGUUUCUGCUCACACACUCCCAAUGAAUUGAACAAUCUACAGAAUACUGCUUGGGAUGUAGAUAUGGAUGCAAGUGAAAAUAAACAUUUCAUGUUGUAUAACAAGUUUGCUGGUUGUAUCCAGCUCAAACAGUUACUUGAAUUCUGCGAAGAUUAUAAAAAAAUACUCUUCAACUGUAAUCAACAAAUCAUUUUAAACAGAUCAACUACAGACUUACAUUGUACGUUUCAGGAACCAUUGCAAAUGAAAGUAGAGAUAAAUUUAAAAAAAAAUUGGGACUUGUGCGAAUAUCCAGUUGUCCCUCAGAACACUUCUCAUUCAUGGACGGUAAAAUCAAGCAGUUUGCUCGAGAAACCUAGAUUUGCAUUAAUUGGAUUUCAAACAGAUCGAAAAAAUAAUUUAUUUAACCCAUCGGGACGGUUCGAUCACUGCUACCUGAGAAACCUGAAAGUAUACCUGAACUCUGAAGUAUAUCCAUAUGAAGAUUCCCGUGCAGAUUUUACAAACAACGUUACAGCUAUAUUGUAG